CGUCGCGGGGCGGCCGGCCGCCCGGGAGGCGGGGCGGCGGGGAGGCGGCGGCCCGCUCGGCCCAGGCCAUCCCGCAGCUGCGGCGGUCCGUACGCUGCAGGCGGCGCGGGGAGCCGGCUCCUGACAGCAUCCCGCGGCUGCCACGUCUAUCACUGGGUCCCAGGGUCCACCAUGGCCCUGGUGCGGGACGAUGAACCGGCGGCCGGGUCCUCCCGCUGGCUGCCCACGCACGUCCAGGUGACCGUGCUGCGGGCCAGCGGGUUGAGGGGCAAGAGCUCGGGCGCCGGCAGCACCAGCGACGCGUACACGGUGAUCCAGGUGGGCCGAGAGAAGUACAGCACCUCGGUGGUGGAGAAGACGCAAGGCUGCCCGGAAUGGUGCGAAGAGUGUUCGUUCGAGCUGCCGCCCGGCGCCCUGGACGGCCUCCUGCGGGCACAGGAGACAGAUGCGGGCCCUGCGCCCUGGGCCUCCGGUCCCAACGCCGCCUGCGAACUCGUGCUUACCACCAUGCACCGCUCGCUCAUCGGUGUGGACAAGUUUCUAGGCCGGGCAACCGUAGCUCUGGACGAGGUCUUUCGCGCAGGCCGCGCCCAGCACACGCAGUGGUACAAGCUACACUCUAAGCCAGGCAAGAAGGAGAAGGAGCGUGGUGAGAUCCAGGUGACCAUCCAGUUCACACGGAACAACCUGAGCGCCAGCAUGUUUGAUCUCUCCAUGAAGGACAAGCCACGGUCUCCCUUCAGCAAGCUCAAGGACAAAGUGAAGGGCAAGAAGAAGUAUGACCUCGAAUCUGCCUCAGCCAUCCUUCCUAGCAGUGCCCUGGAGGACCCCGAGUUAGGCAGCCUGGGCAAGAUGGGCAAAGCCAAAGGCUUCUUCCUCCGCAACAAACUCCGCAAGUCCUCGCUCACACAGUCCAACACCUCUCUGGGCUCCGACAGCACCCUGUCCUCCACUAGUGGCAGUCUGGUCUACCAGGGCCCUGGGGCAGAGCUGCUCACCCGCUCACCAAGCCACAGCAGCUGGCUAGCCACUGAAGCGGGAAGGGACUCUAUACAGUCCCCCAAGCUGCUCACUCACAAGAGGACAUACAGUGACGAGGCCAGCCAGCUUCGAGCAGCUCCUCCCCGGGCCCUUCUUGAGCUCCAAGGCCACCUCGAUGGAGCCUCCCGCUCGUCCCUCUGCGUCAAUGGGAGCCAUGUGUACAAUGAAGAGCCUCAGCCCCCAUUACGGCACCGCAGCUCCAUCUCAGGCCCCUUUCCCUCAAGCUCCUUACACAGUGUCCCACCUCGGUCCUCUGAGGAGGGGUCUCGGUCCUCAGAUGACUCUUGGGUCAGAGGCAGCCAUGGCACCAGCAGCUUAGAGGCAGUGCCUGGACAGGAGGAGCUGAGCAAGCAAACCAAAGUGCUGGCUCCAGGGGCCAGUUGCUCUGCAGAGGAGGAGGGGACCCGACCACCAGAGGGAAAGCCAGUCCAGGUUGCUACACCCAUGGUGGCAUCCUCUGAGGCCAUAGCAGCAGAAAAGGAGCGGAAGCCCCGGAUGGGGCUCUUCCACCACCACCACCACCAAGGGCUGAGUCGGAAUGAGGUGGGGCGCCGCGGCUCAGUCGGGGAGAAAGGGAGUCCUUCCCUAGGAGCCUCCCCGCACCAUUCAUCCACCGGGGAGGAAAAGGCCAAGAGUAGCUGGUUUGGCCUGAGAGAGUCCAAGGAACCAACUCAGAAGCCCAGCCUGGACGUGUCUCCUCAGGUAGAAUCUGACCCAGCUGCUCCUCACCCCUGCUUCCCCCAGGCUCUGGUCCCCCCUCCUGCUCCCGCUGCCGCUCCCAUGCUAAGCACUAACCUUUUUGCAGCCGCCUCCCCUGCCACUGCCACUGCCACUGCCGCUGCUGCCAACAUUGUCCUUGAAGCCACCCCAUCCGGAUUCUUGGGGGUCACCAACCCGUUCCUCACCUCCUUGCAGAGCAACCCCUUCUUCGAGGAUCUCAAAGCCGACAUAGCACUAAAUUCUCCUUCACCUGCUCCCUCUCUCCCCAGUGCCUCGAGGGCCAGCCUGGCCCCCCUGGCCUCCCCUGGGAAAGCCCUGCCUGAGUGGGACGACAACUUCAACAUCUUUGCUGCUGGCAGGCUGCAGUCAGAGGCCGGGAGUGGGAUCCUGGCCCCUGCAGGAAUGGGGCUGGAGGAGGAUGGGCUGCAAGACCCAGGCCCUAGAACCUUGGCAGUGAAAGCAACAGAGCCCCAGGGAGAGCCUGGGGGAGGAAGAGGAGGAAGCAGCACAUGGUUAGAGCCCAAGGCUCCUGUGGACUCAGUACUGGACCAGCCAAGCACAAGUAUGUCUGACCCAGGACCCCUGGGGUCUUCAGGGACUGGUCCAUCCUCCAGAGCAGCCCAGUUGCACCUGCAAGCCUCAGCCUCAACACCAGACCGGGAGCUUCCUGCCUCAGAAGGGGGAGCAGGGCAGAGUCCAGCAGAUAGUGGGGCAUCUCUGUUCAGCUCCCCAGAAGUUCUCAGUGUAUGGGAGAGAUUUCCUGGUUCAGAUGACACUCCUGGAGGACUGGAAGAGGAGGCCGCCCAAGAUGGAAGCCAGCUUUUCCAGGAGCUGAACACAGUGGAGGAUUCCUGGCCUUGGGACGUGAUCACCAUUUCUCCUACAGCAGAGGCUGCUUCACCUGUCAUGAAGGGAGAAUCCAAGGGGGUGCUUUCUUCCCAGGUGCAGCCUGAGUAUCCAGAUACUGUGCCUCCCAUGGGGAGCGAAGGGCUCCCAUCAUUGCAGCUGGAGCCUGAGCCUGAGCAGGGACUGGAUGAGGGGCCAUGGCUUGGCCCACCACCUCCCAAGCCACCCCGCCUCUUCACACCCACGAAUUCUCAAGUGGAGGAGGACAAAGAGGAGGAAGAGAAUGCUACAGGGGGGCCAAGUAGCAGGGGGCCAGGGGUAGAAGAUAGCACCCCAAGUGCAUUGGUUAUUGGUCCCCCAGAGUCUAAAGAGGAGGGGGUAAAUUCAGAGUUGGAGGAAUUGCACAGACUCCCCUCUGGGACCCUGAUAGGUGAGCCAGAACUUGAAGAUGUAGUAGGAGAAACUAGUAGCCCUGGGUCUAGGGACUGUCUACCUAGGCCCACCAGCUGCCCUGAGGGACCCAUCCCCAGAUCUCAUAACUCAGCCAGCUCAACUCUGCUAAGUCAGAAGGACUGGGGGACUUCAGAGACAGAUGAGAGCUUUGAAACCCAGAGCCAGGAGCUAGCCAAAGAGGGGUUUGGGGCUCUCUCAGUCCCCUCCCAGCAGGCCGAUCUGUGGGUCAAGAAAGAGGAGGAGGAGGAAGAGAAGGAAGCAGAGGAAGAGGAGGAGGAGGAGGCCUCAAAUCCCUUCUCAUGUCAGGAGAGCCAAGAUCCCCUCAGCCUCCCAUCCACAUCACCACCAGGGUCAAGGGGAUCCUCUACCCACUCUGGUCCAGAAGAGUUGCCCACACCCCCAGAACCUGCCUUCCCACCUCCCCCUCUCCCACCCUGGGCCAGCCACCGCCACGGAGUGCCAGGCCCUCCGUGCCCUCCCCUGCCUAUAGCCUGGCCCUUGACCUCUUCUUCCUCACUUCCCGAAGAGUCAGCUUGCCCCCUUGAGCUCUCCCCCACUGGGGGCUCCCCUACACCAUAUGGGGAAGACCACGCUGCAGCCACCCCAGCCUCCCCGCUUGUGCUUCUGCCCCUGGAGACACGGCCAGCUGAGGACCCCCAGCCCAGUGGCAGUCCCCAUCCUGUGAAACCCCUCACUGCUGCCCCUGUGGAGGCUAGCCCCGACAGGAAACAGUCUCGUACUAGCCUGAGCACAGCCCUGAGCAGCGGACUGGAGAGGCUCAAGACCGUCACAUCUGGAGGCAUCCAGUCUGUGCUUCCAGCAUCCCAGCUUGGCUCAACUGUGGACACCAAGAGGCUGAAGGAUUCUGCUGUGCUGGACCAGUCAGCCAAGUACUAUCACCUGACUCAUGAUGAGCUCAUUGGCCUGCUCCUGCAGCGCGAGCGUGAGCUGAGCCAGCGGGACGAGCAUGUGCAGGAACUGGAGAGCUACAUUGACCGGCUGCUGGUGCGGAUCAUGGAGACCUCACCCACACUGCUGCAGAUCUCCCCGGGUCCCUCCAAGUGACCCUUCACUCCAUCCCUGGAGGGAUGGUGAGGACCUGUGUAAUGCCCUCCACUGACUGCUCUCACCGAGAGUAGGGCGAGCCUGCUCUCAUGGUCACUCUCUGCUCCCCUCCCUGUCCUGCCUCUGCUCUGCUGCUGGAAGGGGGCCUUUAAACCCCCUCUUACCUGCCCAUUUUCUCCCCCAGAGAAUUGGAACAAGGUUGUUAGCGGUCAAGAUGGAGCAGGAGUUCCAUGGGUUCUGGGGUGAGCGCUAGUAUCUGGGGCAACACUGUUGACAGCACAGACAGUCACCCCAUGACGUUAGUUGUUUCUUCUCUUGGCCGGCUCUGCAUCUCCAUUUCCCUCAGACACCCGGAGGGCCUCCCAGGAUCAACUGGGACACGGGUGGGGACUAAGCUGCUUGCUGGUCUGUGCAUUGUAGACAGCCAGGGCACCUACUCCUCAGCCUUGUGUCUGUACUUGAGAGCAAGGAGCCUAUGUGUUUUAGUUUUGCCUCUCUGUCUAGAGCUGUGUGUGGAACAUCUAAGCAGGGUGAUGGUGGUGGUGACGGUGAUGGUGGUAUUUGCCUGUGUGUUCUUCAGCUGCCCUGCCCCUCUUCAGACCCUUCCACUCCAUGUCCCAGUAGCGGCCGGAGGUGGGGCUAGGCACAGGGAGAAGGCCUCCUUGCUCCUGAGGUCCUCCCUACCUCCCUAACAUGAGACCCUCCCUCUGGGUUGGGGUUUCAGGCUGCUGCUCAUGUUUUGUGGACCAGGCUUCUGUGCCUGUUGUUACCACGUGUCAUGCCAAAACUGUGCUGCUGCAGACUCAGAACGUGUGGAACCAAUCAAAAUGUGCCUUUUAUGGGUGAGGACAAGAGCCCCUGGAUGUACAUGUCUCUCUGGUCAUGGUGUCUCCUCCCUAUUGAGCACAUGGAAAUGGCUGUUAGGGUCCUGAAAGGGGGAUGUGGACCAGGCUUUUUUGCUACCCUGAGAAGUACCUCAGCUAAGGCUCUGGCCAAUCUGCUGCCACCUCCUAAGCCUCCCUCCUACUUUCUGCUCCUCCCCUGACCCUUAUUUGGAGCAUCCCAGGAUAAAAUCUAAUGCACAGUAGGUCCAGGGCUAUCCAGCACCUUAUUGUGCCUGGCGUUGGGUCCCAGUUGUGCUGGGCCAGUGGGCUUGUCUGAAAGUAGGAGGCUUCCCUCUGCCUUAGGAGACACCUGUACUUAGGAAAAGGCCUUGUGGCUUUCCAGCUGCUCUGUCCCUGCUGUACAGCCCUCCUGCUCACCAAUCCUGCUCACCCCUGCCUUGCCUGGCUUGGCUGAAGUGCAUUUUAAAGUCAAGUAUCUGCCCUGUGGUCCAGUUUCUAGUUUGCUUGUGAAUACAACCGUUUUCCCCAUGACAUCUGGGGGUCCUUGGUGGCUGUGCAUGUGGUAUGUGGUAUGAGUGAAGCAGGUGAAAUGCUGACAGAAGAUGCUCUUGGCCCAGUGGAGAGGUAGUAACUUCUUUCCAGUAUCUCUUAACCCAGAACACCUCAGAAUAGUCUCUGUGGAUGACGUCAGUCUUCUGCCAGCAUGGAGCAGAUGAACUCCACAAUGGGGUCCACCACAGCACAGUUACCAACUAUAGGUCAACUCAGAGAAGAGGAAAGUCAUCACCAGUUCCCAGAAUAUUGGGGUGGAGGCAGUCAUGGGUGUUGGAGGUGUCUCUUGAGGAAUUGAGUCCCUCUGCUAGGAAUUCCUCUGGGCUUUAAUUGGUCCCAGCCCUGUCUUUUGUCUUUCAUCCAUUCCUGCUGUUUGGCUUCCUUACAUGGCCAGGGUAGGGGUGUCUCCCAGAGGAGUCCUGAACUGAGGCCAGGGUUUUGCUCAUGUGUCUGCUCCUUACCACACACUGCAGAGUGCAGCCAGACAGGCAGUGAGCAGGCACAGCUCUGCCCUGCCUUUUGUCUUCCUAGUUGAAACUGCUGUCUAUAAAGAGCUUGUUCUUCAUGUUUUGAGGACUUUAUGAAGAAUAAAAGGUUCGUGUACCACA